CUAUUUUAUAACCUCAACACCUAAUCCCUAUCGUAUGCUGCAUAUUCCCCACGUGCACAUAUUGUUCUCUUGCCUCUGUUAUCUCAACGUGCUCAUGCUCACCUCUCACCUCACCACUCUCUCCUUCCUCUUCUUUUUCUUUCUCUUUCUCUUUCUCUUUCUCUUUCUCUCUCUGUUUCUGCUCUGCCCUUCCUUCUUCUUCUGCAAGUCUCUCUCUCGGAAAUGGAUUUUCAGAGAUUUCUUGUGCUACUCUCCAUCUCUACGUUUGUUUCUAAAUCCAUAAUCCCGUUUGCCAAGCCGAGAACGACAGCCGAAGAAGACCGGCCGUUCUUCGACCCGAGCUGCCUUCUCUGUCCAAAGCCUUCCUUAGCGAUCAAAAACCGGACUGUCCCAUCAGCCACGGCCGACUCUAUGUCCGUCUCAACUCCCGACUGCGCCGUUUGGAGCGCCAAAGCAUGCGCGGAGGCGGUUUUAGGCUACGCAAGGCGACCGGAGACCGCGGAGUGGAUCAGGAGCCUGAGGAGGAGGAUCCAUGCGAACCCGGAGCUUGCUUUCGAAGAGUUCGAGACCAGCAAGUUGAUCCGAGAGGAGUUGGAUAGCAUGGAGGUUAGCUACAAGUACCCUUUGGCCAAGACUGGUAUUCGGGCUUGGAUCGGCUCCGGCUGUCCGCCGUUUGUGGCGAUCAGAGCUGACAUGGAUGCACUCCCAAUUCAGGAAGCUGUUGAAUGGGAGCACAAAAGCAAAGUUGCGGGGAAAAUGCACGCUUGUGGGCAUGAUGCUCAUGUUGCCAUGCUUCUCGGCGCUGCCAAGAUCUUGAAGAGUCGCCAACAUCUUUUGAAGGGAACAGUGGUGCUGUUGUUUCAGCCUGCAGAAGAAGCAGGGAAUGGUGCAAAAGGGAUGAUCGGAGAUGGGGCUCUGGAGAAUGUGGAGGCCAUAUUCGCAGUUCAUGUAUCCCACAUGCAUCCCACGGGCAUCAUCGGAUCAAGACCUGGUCCUUUGCUUGCCGGCUGUGGCUUUUUUAGAGCCGUCAUCAGUGGAAGAAGCGGCAGUGCUGGGGAUCCCCACCACUCCGUUGACCCCAUUUUAGCAGCCUCAGCUGCAGUUAUCAGCUUACAAGGUAUUGUGUCUCGCGAAGCAAAUCCACUGGACUCGCAGGUUGUCUCGGUAACAUCGUUUAAUGGAGGUGACAACCUUGACAAGAUCCCAGAUACUGUUAUCCUCGGUGGUACCUUCAGGGCUUUCUCUAACACAAGCUUUUACCAGCUUCUUCAUAGAAUAGAAGAGGUAAUUGUGGAACAGGCCAGCGUUUACAGAUGUUCGGGAAUGGUUGAUUUCUUCCAAAACGAGUCCACUAUAUAUCCCCCCACCGUGAACGAUGAGAAAAUGUACGAGCAUGUGAGGAAAGUGGCCAUUGAUUUGGUGGGUCCAACAAAUUUCAGGGUGGUUCCACCAAUGAUGGGUGCUGAGGACUUUUCCUUUUACUCUCAGGUGGUCCCGGCUGGCUUUUUCUACAUAGGCAUAAGGAAUGAGACCUUGGGUUCUACUCACACAGGCCACUCACCUUAUUUUAUCAUCGAUGAAGAUGUUUUGCCUUUAGGCGCGGCAGCUCAUGCCACCCUUGCAGAAAGAUAUCUGUACGAGCACGAAUGACAUGCAUGAAUCAG